CAGCGCCGCGGACACCUCCUCGCCUCGCCUCGCCCCCCCCCUGCUGGGCACCGGAUCCACUCAAGCGAAGACCACGCCACUUGAAAAGUCCUUUUCUGUCACUUUGAGGAUUUUUUAUUUUUGGGGUGGGGAAAUGGAUUCUUCAGACCGACCGGCGAAUGUGACUUUUUUGGACUUUGUGGGAGGCAUCCAACUCCUCCAGGGGGAGGACGUCAGGACCGCCGUGCCCGUCCUCCUCAUCGGGAUCUGCGUGUCGGGCGCGGUGGGGAACCUGCUGGUCCUGCUCGUCUUCAUGCGGGACUUCAAGGAGGGGAAGGGAUCGGAGGUGAAGGCUGUGCUGGCCUCGCUGGCCUCCGCCGACCUCCUGGUCCUGCUCCUGUGCGCCCCCGUGCGAGCCCUGACCGCCUACAAGCGCUGGUGGGUGCUGGGCCGCCUGGUGUGCUCCACCGCCGACUGGUUCCAGCACUCCUGCGUGGUGGCCAAGGCAAUGCUUCUGGCGGUCAGCACCCGGGCCAAGCACACGCCGGACCCCGACGCCGUCUCCCGCCCGGGCCCCGCCCUCCGCAACCCCACGUGGGUCCACGGCGCCGUGGCGUCCGUGUGGACCGUGUCUUUGAUGUUUCCCAUCCCGCAGAUGCUCUUUGCCAGCGUGCAGCCGCGCGGCCACGGGGAUGUUUGCGUCUCCGAGAUGCCGGCGUGCGCGACCCAGUUCAUGGCGCUUUUCUACAAGAUCUACCCCACGGCGACCUUCGUGGCGCCGGUCCUCUUCACCGUGGCGUACUACACCAAGAGCCUGCACAGGGCUCUGAAUUACGGUCCCUGUCGGCAGCAGCAGAGCAAGGUGACGCUGGUUCUUCUGUGCCUGAGCAGCACUUUCGGGCUCAUGCUGCUACCCGAGUGGGGCGCCUUCACCUGGGUCCGACUGGGCUUCAGCAGACCCCCCGUCGGCGUGGUCAUUUUCGCCCAGGUGCUCCUGUACGCCUGCAGCGCCCUCUCCCCGGUGCUGCUCAUGACCAUGUAUGACGACGUGCGGCGAGGCUUGCUGGCCGUCUGCUCGGCGGCCACCUGCCGGACCCCCAAGCCCGCCGGCGCCCCGCCCAAGACCGAGGACAACGGAGCGGAGCUGGGCGCCGAGCCGUCGACCCCCGACGCCGACAAGACCUUCCCGGACGUGGAGCACUUUUGGACGGGGCGCAGGAACACGCACGUGGAGGAGGAACAGGACCCGGUCCCCUGGGAGAGAGAGGAGAAAAUGUAACAUUUUUAUUCAUACGAUUAUUAGGAACCUGAAAGUCGACCACAGAGUUGAGAAAGAAAUGCAAUACAGCCAGCAAACACAAGACAUUGAUUAUACGUACGUGUCCUUUAAAACUGACGUUGAAACCACCUCGCAAAAUAGUUGUAUUUCUUCAUUGAGACAGCGUUGGUGUCCAUUGUUGGAUCCACCUUGUUGGUCGGGAAAUGACCAGAAAUCAACGUCAGAACCCGACAUUGAUUAAAUGUCGACAAAAAGCAUGAUGUAUUGGUUUUGUAGAAUAUUGGUUAGGAAAUGACCAAAUUUCAACGGUCAAAUCAACGUCAGAACCCGACAUUGAUUAUAGUCGUCAAAAAGUAUGUUGUUUCAACGUUGUAUUUGUGUUGUAGAAUAUUGGUUGGAAAAUGACCGAAAUUCAAUGUCAAAUCAACGUCAGAACCCGACAUUGAUUAAACAUCGUAAAAAAAACAUGUAUUUGUGUUGUAGAAUAUUGGUUGGAAAGUGACCAAAAUUUAACGUUCAAAUCAACGUCAGAAUCCGACAUUGAAUAAACGUCGUCAAAAAGCACGUUGUUUCAACGUUGUAUUUGUGUUGUAGAAUAUUAGCUGGAAAAUAACAGAAAUUCAACGGUCAAAUCAACGUCAGAACCCAACAUUGAUUCAAAAUUAUCAAAAAGCAUGUUGUUUCAACGUUGUAUUUGUGUUGUAGAAUAUUGGUUGGAAAAUGACCGAAAUUCAACGGUCAAAUCAACGUCAGAACCCAACAUUGAUUAAACAUUGUAAAAAAAAAACAUGUAUUUGUGUUGUAGAAUUUUGGUUGGAAAAUGACCAAAAUGUAACGUUCAAAUCGACGUCAGAACCCGACAUUGAAUAAACGUCGUCAAAAAGCAUGUAUUUGUUUUGUAGAAUAAUGGUUGGGAAAUGACCGAAAUUCAGUCAAAUCAACGUCAGAACCCGACAUUGAUUAAACUUUGUCAAAAAACAUGUUGUUUCAACGUUGUAUUUGUGUUGUAGAAUAUUGAUUGAAAAUUACCAAAUAAUAUGUAUUUGUGUUGUAGAAUAUUGGUUGGGAAAUGACCACAUUUCUACAGUCAAAUCAACCUCAGAACCCAACAUUGAUAUAACGUCGUCAAAAAGCAUGUUGUUUUCAAUGUUGUAUUUGUUUUGUAGAAUAUUGGUUGGGAAAUAACCAAAUUCAACGGUCAAAUCAACAUCAGAACCCGACAUUGAUUAAACGUCGUAAAAAAGCAUGUUGUUUCAACGUUGUAUUUGUGUUGUAGAAUAUUGGUUGGAAAAUUACCGAAUUUCAACGUCAAAUCAACGUCAGAACCCAACAUUGAUUAAACAUCGUAAAAAAAACAUGUAUUUGUGUUGCAGAAUAUUGGUUGGGAAAUGAUCAAAUUUCAACGGUCAAAUCAACGUCAAAACCUGACAUUGAUUCAUCGUCGUCGAAAACAUGUUGUUUCAACGUUGUGUUGUAGAAUAUUGGUUGGAAAAUUACAGAAAUUCAAUGUCAAAUCAACGUCAGAAUCCGACAUUGAUAUAACGUCGUCAAAAAGCAUGUUUUUUCAAUGUUGUAUUGGUUUUGUAGAAUAUCGGUUGGGAAAUGAUCAAAUUUCAACGGUCAAAUCAACAUCAGAACCCGACAUUGAUUAAACGUCGUAAAAAAGCAUGUUGUUUCAACGUAUUUGUGUUGUAGAAUAUUGGUUGGGAAAUGACCAAAUUUCAACGGGCAAAUCAACGUCAAAACCUGACAUUGAUUAAUUGUCGUCAAAAACAUGUUGUUUCAACGUUGUAUUAGUGUUGUUGAAUAUUGGUUGGGAAAUUACCGAAUUUCAAUGUCCAAUCAACAUCAGAACACAACAUCGAUUAAACAUCGUAAAAAACAUGUAUUUGUGUUGUAGAAUAUUGGUUGGGAAAUUAUCAAAUUUCAACGGUCAAAUCAACGUCGAAACCUGACAUUGAUUCAUCGUCGUCAAAAAGCAUGUUUUUUCAACGUUGUAUUUGUGUUGUUGAAUAUUGGUUGGAAUAUUACCGAAAUUCAAUGUCAAAUCAACGUCAGAACCCGACAUUGAUAUAACGUCGUCAAUAAGCAUGUUUUUUCAAUGUUGUAUUGGUUUUGUAGAAUAUUGGUUGGGAAAUGUUUAAAAUUUCAACGGUCAAAUCAACAUCAGAACUCGACAUUGAUUAAAUGUCGUAAAAAAGCAUGUUGUUUCAACGUUGUAUUUGUGUUGUAGAAUAUUGGUUGGGAAACGACCGAAAUUCAACGUUCAAAUCAACAUCACAACCCGACAUUGAUUAAAUGUCGUGAAAAAGCAUGUUGUUUCAACGUUGUAUUUGUGUUGUAGAAUAUUGGUUGGGAAAUAACCGAAAUUCAAUGUCAAAUCAACGUCAGAACCCAACAUUGAUUAAACAUCGUAAAAAAAACAUGUAUUUGUGUUGUAGAAUAUUGGUUGGGAAAUGAACAAAUUUCAACGGUCAAAUCAACGUCAGAACCCGACAUUGAUUAUAGUCGUCAAAAAGCAUGUUGUUUCAACGUUGUAUUUGUGUUGUUGAAUAUUGGUUGGAAAAUGACCGAAAUUCAACGGUCAAAUCAACGUCAGAACCCAACAUUGAUUAAACAUCGUAAAAAAACAUGUAUUUGUGUUGUAGAAUAUUGGUUGGAAAAUGACCAAAAUGUAACGUUCAAAUCAACGUCAGAACCCGACAUUGAAUAAACGUCGUCAAAAAGCAUGUAUUUGUUUUGUAGAAUAAUGGUUGGGAAAUGACCGAAAUUCAGUCAAAUCAACGUCAGAACCCGACAUUGAUUAAACUUUGUCAAAAAACAUGUUGUUUCAACGUUGUAUUUGUGUUGUUGAAUAUUGGUUGGGAAAUGACCAAAAUUCAACGGUCUAAUCAACGUCAGAACCCGACAUUGAUUAAACAUCGUCAAAAAGCAUGUUGUUUCAACGUUGUAUUUGUGUUGUAAAAUAUUGUCUGGAAAAUUACCAUAAUUCAACAUUUUAAUCAACGUCAGAACCCAACAUUGAUUAAUCGUCGUCAAAAAGCAUGUCGUUUCAACGUUGUAUUUGUUGUUGAAUAUUGGUUGGAAAAUUACCAAAAUUCAAUGUCAAAUCAACGUUAGAACCCGACAUUGAUUAAACAUCGUAAAAAAAACAUGUAUUUGUGUCGUAGAAUAAUGUUUGGAAAGUGACCAAAAUUUAACGUUCAAAAAAACGUCAGAAUCCGACAUUGAUUAAUCAUCAUCAAAAAGCAUGUUGUUUCAACGUUGUAUUUGUGUUGUAGAAUAUUGGUUGGAAAACAACCAAAAUUCAACGUUCAAAUCAACGUCAGAACCCAACAUUGAUUAAACAUCGUAAAAAAAACAUGUAUUUGUGUUGUAGAAUAUUGGUUGGGAAAUGAUCAAAUUUCAACGGUCAAAUCAACGUCAAAACCUGACAUUGAUUCAUCGUCGUCAAAAACAUGUUGUUUCAACGUUGUAUUUGUGUUGUUGAAUAUUGGUUGGGAAAUUACCGAAAUUCAAUGUCAAAUCAACGUCAGAACCCGACAUUGAUAUAACGUCGUCAAAAAGCAUGUUGUUUUCAAUGUUGUAUUGGUUUUGUAGAAUAUUGGUGGGGAAAUUACCGAAUUUCAACGUCAAAUCAACGUCAGAACCCAACAUCGAUUAAACAUCGUAAAAAAAACAUGUAUUUGUGUUGUAGAAUAUUGGUUGGGAAAUGAUCAAAUUUCAACGGUCAAAUCAACGUCAAAACCUGACAUUGAUUCAUCGUCGUCAAAAACAUGUUGUUUCAACGUUGUAUUUGUGUUGUUGAAUAUUGGUUGGGAAAUUACCGAAAUUCAAUGUCAAAUCAACGUCAGAACCCGACAUUGAUAUAACGUCGUCAAUAAGCAUGUUUUUUCAAUGUUGUAUUGGUGUUGUAGAAUAUUGGUUGGGAAAUGAUCAAAUUUCAACGCUCAAAUCAACAUCAGAACUCGACAUUGAUUAAAUGUCGUAAAAAAGCAUGUUGUUUCAACGUUGUAUUUGUGUUGUAGAAUAUUGGUUAGGAAAUAACCGAAAUUCAAUGGUCAAAUCAACGUCAGAACCCAACAUUGAUUAAACAUCGUAAAAAAAACAUGUAUUUGUGUUGUAGAAUAUUGGUUGGGAAACGACCGAAAUUCAACGUUCAAAUCAACAUCACAACCCGACAUUGAUUAAAUGUCGUGAAAAAGCAUGUUGUUUCAACGUUGUAUUUGUGUUGUAGAAUAUUGGUUUGGAAACAACCAAAAUUCAACGGUCAAAUCAACGUCAGAACCCAACAUUGAUUAAACAUCGUAAAAAGAACAUGUAUUUGUGUUGUAGAAUUUUGGUUGGGAAAUGAUCAAAUUUCAACGGUCAAAUCAACGUCAAAACCUGACAUUGAUUCAUCGUCGUCAAAAAGUUCAACGUUGUAUUUGUGUUGUUGAAUGUUGGUUGGAAAAUUACCGAAUUUCAAUGUCAAAUCAACGUCAGAACCCGACAUUGAUAUAACGUCGUCAAUAAGCAUGUUUUUUCAAUGUUGUAUUGGUUUUGUGGAAUAUUGGUUGGGAAAUGACCAAAAUUCAACGGUCAAAUCAACGUCAGAACCCAACAUUAAUUCAAAAUUAUCAAAAAGCAUGUUGUUUCAUCGUUGUAUUUGUGUUGUAGAAUAUUGGUUGGAAAAUUACCGAAUUUCAACGUCAAAUCAACGUCAGAACCCAACAUCGAUUAAACAUCGUAAAAAAAACAUGUAUUUGUGUUGUAGAAUAUUGGUUGGGAAAUGAUCAAAUUUCAACGGUCAAAUCAACGUCAGAACCUGACAUUGAUUCAUCGUCGUCAAAAAGCAUGUUGUUUCAACGUUGUAUUUGUGUUGUAGAAUAUUGGUUGGAAUAUUACCGAAAUUCAAUGUCAAAUCAACGUCAGAAUCCGACAUUGAUAUAACGUCGUCAAUAAGCAUGUUUUUUCAAUGUUGUAUUGGUUUUGUAGAAUAUUGGUUGGGAAAUGAUCAAAAUUCAACGGUCAAAUCAACGUCAGAACCCAACAUUGAUUCAAAAUGAUCAAAAAGCAUGUUGUUUCAUCGUUGUAUUUGUGUUGUAGAAUAUUGGUUGGGAAUUGAUCAAAUUUCAACGGUCAAAUCAACGUCAGAACCCGAAAUUGAUUAAGCAUCGUAAAAAAAACAUGUAUUUGUGUUGUAGAAUAUUGGUUGGGAAAUGAUCAAAAUUCAACGGUCAAAUCAACGUCAGAACCCAACAUUGAUUAAACAUCGUAAAAAAAACAUGUAUUUAUGUUGUUGAAUAUUGGUUGGGAAAUAACCAAAAUUCAACGGUCAAAUCAACGUCAGAACCCGACAUUGAUUAAAUGUCGUAAAAAAGCAUGUUGUUUCAACGUUGUAUUUAUGUUGUUGAAUAUUGGUUGGGAAAUAACCAAAAUUCAACGGUCAAAUCAA